AUGUCGUACACUAAGUUUGUUGCAGCUCUUGUGAGGGUAAAUCCUGGCAGCAAAUUACGCAUAUCACCUGGAAGAUGUCGGUCAACGGUGGCAUCCACCAAGAGCCAGGAGGAGAAAGAUCAGCAGGUAGAUGGCUGCACCGUGGUGGAGGCUGAGCCGGUUGAACUCAUCAGCCAGACGACCAAGAAUGUCCAAGACACGCUGUUGGAUAAGAUCCACAUUGACUUCAACAACACACAGGAAGCCUACAGGAGCAAGGACAAUGUUGAACUGCUCCGGAGUCUGCUGGUCUUCAAGCUUUGUACUAUUGACUUCCUCGUUGAUAAGAACAAAGAGUUGAUGGAUCUGAGUAAGAAGGUGUUUGGUCAGUGGAUGUUUGAGAAGAUGAUGAAGAUGACCUUCUAUGGUCAGUUUGUGGCAGGCGAAGACCACAACUCCAUCAAACCUUUAAUUCAGAAGAACCAGGCCUUUGGUGUGGGGGCGGUUUUGGACUAUAGUGUUGAAGAGGACUUGACUCAAGAAGAGGCAGUGAAGAAGGAAAUGGAUGCGUGUGUUUCUGAAGCAGAGAAAGAAAGUCCAGCUACUGAUCAUCGUGAGAAGAAGUACAAGGCCCAUCGUCAGUUCGGAGACAGGCGUGGAGGCGUUACCAGCGCUCGUACCUACUUCUAUGCAGACGAGUCCAAAUGUGACAACCAAUUGGAAACAUUCAUAAACUGCAUUAGAGCCUCUGGGGGAGCCUCAGCAGAUGGAUUUUCUGCCAUCAAAAUGACUGCUCUCGGACGCCCACAGUUCCUUCUCCAGUUUUCAGAAGUCCUGGUUAAAUGGAGACAGUUCUUUAACUUCCUCGCAGCACAACAGGGGAAAUCUGACAUGAUGGUUCUGGAACAAAAGCUGGAGCUGGAACAACUCAAGGAAAGUUUGGCUAAGAUGGGUGUUGGAGCCAAGGAUGACAUAGAGAAUUGGUUCACUGGAGAGAAGCUGGGUUUGUCAGGAACGAUAGAUCUGCUGGACUGGAACAGUUUAAUAAACGAUACAACAAAAAUCUCCAAUCUGCUGAUGGUGCCAAACCUUGAGACAGGCCACCUGGAACCUUUGUUGAACGCAUUUACAGCCGAGGAGGAGAGUCAGAUGAAGAGGAUGCUGCAGAGAGUGGACGUUUUGGCCAAGCAUGCCGUGGAGAAUGGGGUGAGGCUGAUGGUGGACGCCGAGCAGACGUACUUCCAACCAGCUAUCAGUAGACUGACCCUGGAGAUGCAGAGGAGAUUCAACAGAGAAAAGCCAAUCAUUUUCAACACGUACCAGUGUUACCUCAAGGAAGCCUAUGAGAAUGUAACUAUGGAUGUUGAGCUGUCACGACGGGAAGGCUGGUACUUUGGUGCCAAACUGGUUCGCGGAGCCUACAUGUACCAGGAGAGAGACAGGGCCAAAGAGAUUGGCUACGAAGACCCGAUUAACCCAGACUACGAGGCCACUAACAGGAUGUAUCAUAAAUGUUUGGAGUACGUGCUGGAGGAGAUCGAUCACAGAAGGAAAGCAAAUAUCAUGGUUGCGACUCACAACGAGGACACAGUGAAAUUCACCCUGGAAAAGAUGAAUGAGAUGGGCCUUUCACCCACGGAGAAUAAAGUUUACUUUGGACAGCUGCUGGGCAUGUGUGACCAGAUCAGCUUCCCGCUAGGUCAAGCAGGUUUCCCGGUCUAUAAGUACGUUCCAUAUGGCCCGGUCAACGAGGUCAUCCCCUAUCUGUCUCGCCGCGCUCAAGAGAACCGUGGCUUCAUGAAGGGGUCCCAGAGAGAGCGCAGCCUGCUGUGGAGGGAGCUGAAACGCAGGGUGCUGGGCGGACAGAUUUUUUACAAGCCCGUCUACUGAGUCACACGACCACAACAUACUGACUGCAGUACGUCUGUAAGCAUUCCGCCAGUUGUACCUGCCAACUGCUCUCUGUAGAGGAACAUUAAUGUCCUUCUUUUGCAUGUUAGGCUGCACAGUAUGGAGGAAAGUGUUGCAGUCUUACUGACAGAUCUAAAGGUUAAUGUUGCUUUUAACAGUAUAAUUAAUACAGAAGUCUUUAAAACACUGCCAUAAUGUUAUGUUGUGGAGAUACACGUGCUGCUCCAUUAAAAAGCAAUGGUUAAUUUUUGUCUCUAAAUCAGAGUUAGUUUCAAAAAUUGGCCAUGGUAAUACUCAGAAUCUACUCAACAAAACAUAUGUUCUCCUUUUUUUAAGGAGCUUUUGCAAAUGUUUAUGCCUCUAAACAUCAAUCCUUUCUAAUAGACAGCAUGGGAUUAUACAGUAGAGGCUAAGAAAAGUAUAUCGUGAAUGUAUGGUUACCAAAGGUGGCUUACUUUUAUAUAAAUAUAUAUAUGUCCUGUGCUGUUUUAACGGUGAAAGACACUCUUUCUAUCUAUGUUUUGUUGUCACUCAAAAGUGCCUUAUGAUUGUUUUCGUGAGAUUAAGUUGAAGCGAUCAGCAACUGUAGCUGUACACUCCUCCGAGGGGAUUGUUAAUUAUUUUAGCUUGUUUAUUUCUGAUACUAUGUGUCAUUGUUUUAAUCUACUUGGACAAAUUAUUUGCUAAUUGUUGUGUGCAGCAUAGUGAUUUUGAUUACAUAAAAACGUAGCAUCGCAAACCAGACGAUCCUCUUUUUUGAUCUCUCAUGCACAUUGAUGUUUUGUUAAGGCAAAGAGCAGAUAAAAUGUAAAGUUUCUAAUUGUAAACUGUCCAGGUUUAUGUGCUGUGGAUACGUGGAAACGAGCCAGCUACCUGUGACGUGGAAGAGA